CCGCUGUGUUGGAAGCUGAGGAAAAUCGAGACUGGGAGGCGGAAAGCCGGCUGAAGAGGGAGUAGCGGAUAGGUGGGGCCGGCCGACCGUCGAUUUCCCAUAUGGAGCUGGCCUUGGACCCGGGUGAACAGGACCUGCUGGGCUUCCUGCUAGAGGAAAGCGGAGAUUUGGGGGCGGCGCCCGAUGAGAUCUUGGAGGCUCCGCUGGACUGGGAGUUGCCGCUUUCUGAGCCCGUGCAGGCACUGAGCGAUUGGGACGUCGAGGAUUUCCUGCGCUCCCUGCCGAGCCCCCCAGCGUCGUUGAACAUUUUCAGCAACUCCAAUCCCUGUCUUGUCCACCAUGACCACACUUACUCUCUCUCCCAAGAACAUGUUUCCAUAGACCUAGAUAGUGGGAGCUGUGGAAAAGGGGGGGUCCAGAUGACUCCCCUGCACGUGGAGGACCCGGCAGAGCAGGAGGUCGUUGGGCUGACACUGACAGAUGAGGAGAAGAGGCUAUUGGAGCAGGAGGGCCUUACUCUGCCCGGAACGCUGCCUCUCACUAAGAUGGAGGAACAAGUUCUGAAACGAGUGCGGAGGAAGAUUCGAAAUAAAAAGUCUGCUCAGGAGAGCCGCAGGAAGAAGAAGGUGUAUGUGGGGGGUUUAGAGAACAGGGUCUUGAAAUACACAGCCCAGAAUCUGGAGCUACAGAACAAAGUACAGCUCCUGGAGGAACAGAACCUGUCCCUCCUGGAUCAGUUGAGGAAACUCCGGGCCAUGGUGAUUGAGAUAUCUAACAAAACCAGCAGCAGCAGCAGCACCUGCAUCCUGGUCCUACUGUUCUUCUGUCUCGCCCUUGUACCUGCUAUGUACUCCUCUGGCACCAGGGGGAGCCUGCCAGCUGAGAAUGGAGUAUUAUCCCGCCAGCUUCGUGCCCUCCCUCAUCAGCUGGAGCGGUCUGUCCUGCAGUCGGAGGAACGAAAGGAUAGCUCAGACCAUGAGCUCCAGGCUCCUGGCAACUCUUGCUGCCUGCCCUCCCACAUGCCUCAGGCUCCUGGCACAGAGCCUCCCCUGAAGUUGCCACUCCCUGAUCCCUUUUCCAAGUUCGCCUGCCUGGGUCCCAUCGUUCCCCUGCAUGCAAAUCUCACAAGAGAAGGGGAAUGGCUCCCUGCCCACAGCCCCAUAUCUGUUAUCUUGCAGGGCAGAUACUCAGGCUAGAUGGGAGGCCAAAUGAGAAGGAAUACGAGAAGGCUAGUUUUAGCAUCUGUGCCCUGUCAGGAUGCCUUAGGGCUCAAACACACCACACUUACCAUCUUUCUGGGUCUUUUAUUUUACCCAUGUAUGUCUAUCACCCCAUGAAUGGACCUGGGGGAAUCAAUUGACCUUGAACAUUUCAUGCAGUGAGGGGAUGGGAUGAGGAAAUAAAUAAGUGAUUCUGA